AUGGCAGAAAUGACUGAAAACCACGGACACAUUGAGCUCAUCAUCGGUCCCAUGUUCGCCGGAAAGACGACUGAGUUGAUGCGUCGUGUCCGCCGCGAGUUAUUCGCGCGCCGGUCGUGUUACGUGAUCAAGCACUCCCGCGACGUGCGCUACAAUCGCGAGAGCGUCUCCUCGCACGAUAAGGUGGUGCUUGGCGCCACGGCAGCCGUCGCGGAGCUNUGCGCUACAAUCGCGAGAGCGUCUCCUCGCACGAUAAGGUGGUGCUUGGCGCCACGGCAGCCGUCGCGGAGCUACGCGAGGUCGGCGACGCGUGGCGUUCGUACGACGUGGUGGCGGUGGACGAAGGGCAGUUCUUCGACGACGUGGUCGAAUUCUGCAACACCGCCGCCGACGCCGGCAAGACCGUAA